ACCUUUCCUUUUUGAAGAGAGAGUAUAAUUUAGAGAAAGAAUAAUAAAAAAAUUAUUUAUUCAAUAAAAUUAUCGGUUUGGAAAUAUUACGAAAAUCUCAUUGCUUCCUAAAAAAAAACAUGGUUUAAUCGUAGUGAGUAAGUGCUGCAGCUGCGAACAGGAGGAACCAAAACAACCGAGUUUCAUCCUCCUCCGACAAAAUGGGCAGCGCCGCCCCAAGGUUCCUCUUCAUCCUCCGUCACAACCUCCGUCUCCUCUCUCCCUCUUUCUCCUCUCAUUUCCACCACCACCACCACCACCACCACCGCGCUCUCUUUUCCUCAUUCACUUCUUCUCUCACACCAAAACUUAAACUCAAACUCAAAGCCUCACAACAUCACCAACAACAACACAUUCACACUCAACCUUCUUCAUCUUCCCUCGGUGGGACCCAUCCAUGGCCCGAGUUUUCAAGCUUUCUCUCUCACAUCUCCUCCGCCGGCUACACUUCCACUAUUCCUUCCGCCAAUACUUUCCCUCCCACCGGAGAAUUGUCCUAUGCCGAUGUCAGUGCCUGCUUGACCUUCGCUCGAGAUAGACCUAACCUUCUUAGGUUGCUUUCGAUGAGAGAUAUUGCAGUUGUGGUUGAACAUGGAACCCCGUUCAUGUUCUCAGACUCUGAUGAUUCUGUUUGGAAGAUGAAGUCUUUUGUAUCCAACGGUGAUUCAACUGCCCUGGACACUGAUAAAGCAAAUAUGGUUGAUCUAAUGAAAUUUAUGCUGAGUUAUGCAAGUAACUGUUUGGUCUCUUCAGAAAGGAACAGUCCCUAUAACAGAAAUCUUGUUGAAUCAUCAGUCAGAAACCUAUUUGGUGAACUUUUCAAGCUGAGUUAUAGUGCACCUGGACCUAACUCUUUUGAUUCAGAGCAAAAUCAAAUGCCCGGUGGUAGAUUUGGGCGUACAACACCUCCUGGACAAAAUAUUGAAAUGAAAAGGGGUGAUUGGAUUUGCCCAAGGUGUAAUUUCAUGAAUUUCGCAAGAAAUACUAAAUGUCUUGAAUGUGAGGAAGCAAGGCCAAAAAGACAACUGACUGGAGGAGAAUGGGAAUGUCCUCAGUGUGAUUUCCAUAAUUAUGGGAGGAAUGUAGCUUGCUUAAGGUGUGAUUGCAAGCGGCCCGGACAAAUAUCUUUGGGUGCCACCAAUACCAUGUCACAUCCAGGGUAUGGAAAUAGAGACAAUACUAAUGCUUCAGAUAUCGAUCCUAGGUUAGUGCUUAAUGAAGAAAAGGCACAACGUUGGUUUAACAAGGUUUCUCAACUAGACAGCAAUUCUGAUAUUAACAGUGUGGUUGAUGAUGAAGAUUUUCCAGAAAUAAUGCCGUUAAGGAAAGGAGUUAAUAGAUUUGUUGUGAGCACAAGGAAAACUCCAUUGGAAAAUAGGUUGACCAAUGCUCAAUUCAAGAGAAAUUUGGGAAAUAACGACACUCCCGGAGUCGAGAAUUUAACAUCUUGGGAGUCAGCCAAGUCCCAUGAUACUCGAGAUGACAUUCUAGGCCAUUCAACUGGCCUUCCUCAAUCUGAUUAUAAAAAUAUGGGUGCUGAACGAAAUUUCAGUGGAGAAAGGUCACCUUCAAAUGCUAGCAACUCUUCACAUUUCAAAGAUGUGAAAGGGAACGACACUACUACUCUUCCCCCCUUUCCAUCAUAUGCCAGUUCUGGUAACACUGAUGGUACAGAACUUUCUAAUAACUUUACAAGUGAAAAUGUCAACGAGGAUAAGGAGAAAGAGCAAGCUGAAAAAUCUGAGAGAUGGUUUAGAAAGAUUGGAGAGCUGAAUGAUAUUCCAGAUAUAACAAGUGCAAUAUCCGAUGAUGAUUUCCCUGAAAUAAUGCCGAUGCGUAAAGGAGAAAACCGAUUUGUUGUUAGCAAGAAAAAAGAUCGGUCCUUGACAACACCCACAUAUAAGAGACGUUUGGCCAUGGAGCAAUCUGGCAAUACCAACUUUGUCCCCUUUGUACCCUUCCCUCCAGAUUACUUUACCAAAAAGGACAAGCCGCAGGCAGAUGGAACAGAUUCAACGAAUAGGUCCAAUGUUGAAUCCUCCUCAAUAUCUGAAGUGGCUGAGAUGUCAAGUGAUGCUAGAACUAGACCUGAACAGAGUCCAGAACCUUCUUCUAAUCAGAGCUCAAGUAACAACAAUCACGUUGGUUCUACUUAUGCUGCUACAAGAAGUGGAAAUUCAAGUCAGGGUUUCAAUCAAGAUCAUGUACCAAAUUUGAAAGAGAGUUCAUCCGCAGGUUCAACAUCUGAGAACCAGAGUGUUGGAACAGAGUGGGAAGGGAAGAGUUUAGAGGGGUCGGCAGUCAGGGAACCAGAUCCUUUGGACAUGUCAGAGGAGGCAAAGGCAGAAAGGUGGUUCCGUCGCGUUGCGCAGAUUAAGGAUAUCUCUGAGCUCAGUCAGAUUCCAGACGAAGAUUUUCCUUCAAUAAUGCCUUUGCGUAAAGGGGUGAAUAGAUUUGUUGUGAGCAAGAGAAAAACACCAUUGGAAAGGAGAUUGACGUCUCAGCAGUACCGAAGAAAUCUUCCAGUUGUGAGCUCAGAUCCUGUUAAAAGAGAAAAUGAAGGUAGCUGAGAGAAGUGUUUAUUAUUGUUUGAUUUAGUUUUGAAGGUGAUGAUAUAGUUUUACUGGUAGUUAUACAAAAGGAAAAUGAAGACGAUGGAAAACUUUACUAAUUAAGUAUUCUGUUGUGACAUAUAAGAGAAUUUUGACAUGAAUUGUUUAUUGGUCUCUGUUGAGGUGGCCUUAUUUUAUAUAUCAUGUUAGGGACUAGCUUGUCAAA